AUGAAACGCUCCAUUGACGGCGGAGAGUUUGACUGCCCGCCGCACGGAUGCAGCGACGCGAACAAGAAGAUCCGGCAAGGAGAAGGGAAAGUAGAAAAAGUAGAUGUGACGCCCAAGGACGUUGAAGCCGUGUUACUGGACGAGAAUCUGCUCUACGAGGUUCUGCGGCACGUCGACGACGGCCGGACUCUGGCAAAGGCAGCAUGCGUCAGCCGACAGUGGCGGAGGACGGCGCAAGACGAGCGGCUUUGGGAGCUGAUCUGCACUAGGCAGUACCACCAGAGCCCUAUGCAGCUGCGCGCCGUCGUUUUGGCACUUGGCGGCUUCCGGCGGCUGUACUCGAGCCACCUAUGGCCGCUGUUGAAGCCUGCUGCGCCUUCCCCUUCAGCACCGCCGGCGUUUUCCGCGUGGCCCGGCCUGCCUCCGGCUCCGGCGCCGCCAACGAGGGCGGGGAAGUCUAAGGCUCGGUGGGGAAAGGAUGAGCCUUCGAUCACCAUCAUCAUCGAUCGUGAUACCACAGGUCCAAGCCCGUUCGACGCUUUCCGGCAUAUUUUCGCUGCUCAUGGCUUGUUCCUGAUCGUGAGUUCUCGGUCACUGUUGUUCCUCGCGAUCGAGAGCUUUUCCCGGCGAUCCUCUGCCCGCGAACUGCAGCCCCGCCACGCCGUGAGCCCCGCACGCCGCGACCAGAGACCUCCUCACGCCGUGAGCCCCGCCACGCUGCGGCCAGAGACCCCCUCACGCCGCGACUCCCUGCCACGCUGCGACCACCUUCCCUGCAGCAGACGUCCGCCGCUGCCCUUUCGCCGGUGA